UUUCAGGAAUAAUACUUCCUCAUGACCAUUUUGGAGCUCAUUUAAAUAAUGCUGGUGAAACAAUAAACCAAGAAAUGGAAAUUCAAAAUUUCCAGUUCGCAGGUGAAGCUCUAGCUGAUGUUUGGAACAAAAUGGUCAUAGAUGGACACGAAGUAUAUGCGGAAUAUAUUCCACCUUCCAAAGAAACAGUAGAAGCUUCUGUAUCCUCAAGCCAAGAAUGGUAUUGUUGUCAUGUUCGUGAGAGUCAAUAUUUACUGCAGAUUGUUAAAUGCAGAGACUCGAAUUGUUGCUCUCUUUACAGAAGUAACUUACAGUCUAUUUUAUAUAAUGGAUUCAUGAUACCACCCUACCCACUAAUCCAAGAAAAUUCAAGUAUCAUCAUACCGCCUUCAACUGAUAUUAAUGUAAAAUUUGCCCCUUUAUUGACAAGAUUAGCGGUAAACAUCCAACCUAGCAGUCAAAUUUACGAUCUUUAUUGUCCAUCCAUUGUUCAAGAAAUACAAAAUAGAACAUGUUCAUUUUGUAAAUUAUAUUUUGCAUCAAAAAAAAAUUUGCAAACACAUCAAAAAGUGCUGCAUCCUAAAAUACCAGUUGAUUCAGCUAGAGUGCGUUCUUAUUAUAAGGCUAUCUACAGACGUGAAAAAGAAGCAAGUAUUUAAAUCGGGUUUACUUUUAAACAAACAGAAAACACUAAGACUAACAAUACUUUAUUUUGUAUUCUAGGUUCUAUGUAUGAUUAA